AUGUCCGAAAGCAAGAUAACAGUGCUUACACAGAAUUGUUGGGGCCUCAAAUACGUCUCGAAGCUUCGAAGGGAACGAGUGGAGGCAUUAUCCGUUGAACUCGCCAGCUCUGACGAAUACGACAUCAUUAACCUUCAAGAAAUCUGGGUGUUUGCGGAUUACGAGCACAUCCGGGAUAGCGUCUCCAAACGACUACCAUACUCCAAAUUCUUUUACAGCGGGGCUUUAGGUGCAGGUCUUGCAAUUCUCUCUCGAUUCCCGAUUGUUGGAAGCACUUGCAACCCGUAUUCUCUCAAUGGAUUGCCGAUAGAUGUUACUGGAGGGGAUUGGUUCGUUGGCAAAGCCGCAGCUAGCGUAGUGAUUGAUCACCCUAUCCUGGGUGAAGUUCAGGUGUUUAAUACACAUUUCUAUGCCAAAGGAGGCGACACUUACGCUCAUAGGCUGGUCAAUGCAUGGGAGUUUUCAAAGUUGGUGAAACAGGCAUCCCAGAUGGGCCGAUACGUUAUUGCAGCGGGAGACUUCAAUUCUACACCAACUGACCUCGUAACAACAAUCAUCCGAGAAUACACGGACUUGUCAGAUUCCUGGAUAGUCACCCAUCCCUCCGGAAAUUACUCUCCAAACAUUCGCCCAGAGGCUCAAGCCGCAGUUGACCAAUACGGUGUAACGGCUGACACUCCUCUCAACAGUUGGUCUGUCCGUUUCGAACAGAAACGCUUAGACUACGUUUGGUACCGAAAUCCGUCGCAAAAAUCCAAAGACAAGUACCCAAGUCUUCGGUGCGCAGAUUGCGUGGUAGCGUUGAGACACCAAAUCCCUGGGAAGAACUACUCCUUCUCGGAUCAUUUCGCCGUCAAAUCGACUCUGAUGAUUGACCAGCCGCCUGCAACUUUCAUUGAUUCUGCCCCCGCCGACCCGUCGAGUGGAGUCUGGUCUGAACAACACAUGGACCUUUCGGACGCGUCUAUAACCGAAAUACUUCAGUCUCUGGCCUCCUGCUACCGAAUAUCCAAACGACGCAGCCAACGCGAACUAUACACAUUCGUCGCGUGUAUCCUCGGAUUGAUUGCGAUAGCGGUUGGCUCGGCAUGGUUCCCCUUUCCUUGGAUCAACUCGAUUUUCACCAUUGUUACCGUGGCUAUUUCAUGGUGGGGCACAACCUUACUAUAUGAAGGAUUCGUUUUCGGAAAUUGGGAGUGCAAUGCGUUAAUGAACAUUAUUGAGGAGUUGGAGCUUCAUAAGAAGGGAUUGGAGACACAAGCACAAGGGGGCUCGCCCCAUUAA